AUCAACGGAUGGGUUGUCAUUAUUGAUUAUUGUUAUAUAUCUUUAUAAUUUUUGUUAUUGGAUUUUGAUCUUUCUUCCAUUCAACUAUUGUACUAUUUGCUUAUAGUUAGAUUCUUGUUAAUUUUAUGCCCAAGAUUCUAUCUGCAUUCUUUGUUGCUGCUGUAAAUAAGUAGUGGUGCUAGUUAAACCUGUAAAUGAUCUUGAGAUGAACUAUUUGCUGAGAGUCUGCUCUAAAUGAAAAGCUGUUUUAGUCCCUGGCGGUUGCCUAGAUGGUGGUGUGGUGAUGCCUGAAGACAUAGUUUUUAAGAUGAAAGUGUUCAAUUUUUAGAGAGCGAGUUCAUGAAUUUGUUUCAGCGGGUUUAGGAACCAAUAAUAACUUUCAUUGUAAACCGAGCUGUAUAACAACUGGAGCCUAAUAUUGUUGAUUGAUAAAGCAGAGUCUUAACGCAGGCUUAUGAAUACAGGAUCAAAGUCCAAGUUCGCUCAGUCCUUCUCUGAACGGUACAAAAAGUAGUAUGAUUUUUCAAGAUGGCAUAACAUACUGAUGGGAAAAGCUAUGGUUCAGAAAUUAGAAGCUAUCAAGGGUGGAGGAGGAUCCAUUAAAGUAGGAACCACUGGAAAAAUCAGUGCCCUCAUGUCUUGGGAAUUAGAAUCCGGUAAAUUUUCAUCUCAGAUUCCAGUGUCGUUUGGAAAUGAUUCUCCUCCAGUUUCUUCCUCAGUAUGCUCCGGUGACAGCACUCCGAGAAGGCCGAAAUCUAGAAUGUCAGUGGGUGAAGCUAGUAGCAGCAACAAAAAUCAUAAAGCCCCCGAAGUUACCAGGAAAAGGCACACUGGAACUCAUCGAAUUCCGAUGCUAAAAGCUGAUAAUGUACCCAUGGAUGGAACUCCUGUAAGGCAAAAACCUGUCAAAAAGCGGCCUGGCAUGGUUGAAGUCGUGGACAUAACAUGUGGGAAUCCAAAUAGUACGUGGGUAAACCCUAUACGGAAUCGUUUAAAGAAGCUUGGUUUCUCGAAACUAACUGAAAGCACUGUCUAAUAGUGCAAACUUUCAAGAUCAGCCUUCAGCAUCCUAUUAGUGAAUCAAGAAAAGUGAUUGGCCCAAUUGCUUACUGCAAACUCCACAAUAUAACGUGUGCUUGGUUUUUAACCAUGACCACCGAUCCAAGCUUUAGUUUUGCAGAGUCACCCGUAGAAGCCAAGUUGUGUGAAGAGCUACUUUGACGGCCUAAUUCUAGCCUGCUAAGGUACCCCAUUUCUUGCAUUCUGGAGAUCAAACAAUGCCAAUCUGAUGUAGUUAAUUUUUCAAGCCACUUGCUCGAGAAUCGUCGAGCCAACUUCUUUGAAUUUGUGCACUAUCAUGUAUAGGAUAGGAGUGUAAGUAGAGGGUGUGGUAGAAGAUGUGGUUUUGUAUCUUCUAUUGGUAGGGGAUUCCCUUAUAGUAAUUGGGAUCAUGAUUAGAUCCUAUCCCUUAGGCUUUUGUAUGAAAUUUUUAACUUGUAUUCUUUAUCUGAAAUGGAGAAUAGGCAGCAUUGUGUGGUUAUGUAGUCACUGAA